UAGCGCGGAACCUUCGGCGGAACCAGAUAUUUGAGUUUAUGGAAGUCAAGUUGCUCCUCCCUGUCUCCGGCUUCAGCUCGUCCACGUUUCUUCCUUCUCCUCCAUCAUCUCCACAGCCCAAUCCGACUUUCAGCCUUCAGUAACUGGCCAUGCCCCCGAAGCGCAAACAUCGCACAUCCCCAGCUCCUAAGGGACUAGCUGCAGGGGAACAGCUUAAACGAGGCAAAUUGCCUGGAAGUGAUCCAUGGGGUUGGGUUGGCACGGAGGUCACCCACACCUCUCAGAUUACCUUGGAACAUCGCCUUAUGUCGUGUGGCCUCUCUAGGAGGAGUAACAACCCGCUCUGUGCCAACAAGUACGCCCAUAAGCCAGAGAAGCAGAGUAGUCCUACUCCGAAGCGCGAACUCGCAAGUGGCGAGCUGGAGGACGAUGUCAUUGUUAUCUCAGAUGAUGACCCACCGCCAUGCAGUAAGAAGUUGUGCAAGAAUAACCCCAAUUGUUUGAAUUACCUUGGACAAGAGACAUGGAAAGACGAAGACAAAGCCAGGGAAUUGUUCCUGAAGGCAUCUGACCUAGGGUUCAACCCAGUGUUCAAUGCACGAGAUCCUGAACUUCCAGUUGGCUUAAAGAACCUGGGCGCGACGUGCUAUGCGAAUGCCUUCAUUCAAGUAUGGUUUCGAGACCUGGCUUUUCGCAAUGGUGUCUAUAUGUGUCAGCCAUCACAGGAUAAAGAGGACGUCUUUGAGGAUUCGCCCAUAUUUCAGUUGCAAGUGACAUUCACAGCAUUGCAGGAAUGCACGCAAAAUGUUUUCAAUCCUGAAAAACUUGCUGAAAGCUUAAAGCUUUCGACCUCAGAACAACAAGACGCACAAGAGUUCUCAAAGCUUUUUAUGUCUCAUCUCGACGUUGAAUUCCAGAAACAGUCGUCGCCAUCUUUAAGAUCGCUUGUGUCCAAUCAGUUUCAAGGCGAGCAAGUAUAUGGCACUAUUUGUGGCAAUUGCCAGAAUAAAUCUGAGCGGUCUACGGACUUCCUUGAACUUGAAAUAAAUAUCGAGAACAAUGCUCGGCUAGAAGACCGUAUCGCAGCUCUUCUACAGAACGAGAAACUCACUGGUGACAACAAGUACCUGUGUUCGAGAUGCGAGUCACUCCAGGAUGCUACGAGGUAUACCGAAUUGCGGAACCUUCCACCUGUACUUCAUUUCUCCCUCUUACGAUUUGUUUAUGACUUUGCCUCCAUGGAGCGCAAGAAGUCUAAGCAUAAUCUUCUGUUCCCGACGACGCUCAACAUGGACCAGUUUGUGGGUUCUACUGCCGCCCGAAAAGCAGCCAGUAGUGACAAGAGCGCCAAAAAGAACAUUUAUGAGCUCAGAGGCGUUCUACUGCACAAGGGACCGAGUGCAUAUCAUGGUCACUAUGAGGCUCAAGUUCUGGAUACUGCAUCGAAUAUGUGGUUUCAGUUUGACGACGAAAACGUCACGAAGAUUGAUUCGCUUGGAGAACGGAGAUACACUGGUCGCGAUAUAGUUGAUGUUCUGAACGGGAACCCCAAGAAGGGAAGUACUGGAAAUCCGCGUGGACGUCCCGCAAAGAAAAAGCGGCGGAUCGACGAUAGCGACGAUGAAGUUGUUGAAAUUUCGUCACCACCCACGGAGCCUAAAAUUGCCGAGGCAAAACAACAUGGUCUUGAGGAUAUCUUUUCAUCGAAGGACGUCUAUAUGCUCAUUUACGUUCGCAAGGAUGUCCCAUCCGCAGACAACGCCAACUGGCCAACAGUAACCACUACCAGCCAAGCAUCUGAGCAUGGAGCCAUGACGGUUGAUGCUGGAAGUUUUUCCCCUCCCCCACGCGCUCAAGAGGUUGUAAAUACUCUGAAUGCAGCUCAUGACAUGGCUUGCGACGCAUAUGCAAAGAGGGAGAAAGAAGCCAAGGAACGUUUUGAUGAGUUGCUUAAGAAGAUGAGAGAUAUCUACUCUUCUUGGAGCGUGAAUUCUGUGGAUGAGGACUCUGUCAUUAUAAGUCGUCAAGCCCUAGAACAAUGGUUGUCCAAACCUCUUGCCAAGCCGAAAACUAAACCUAAAGCCACGGAGGAACCAGAGACCACACCAGAGAUAUUGCCAACGUCAGACAUCCUUUGCGAGCACGACGCCCUGGACCCUCAGAGAACUAACAAUAUGAAGCGUGUGUCUGCUAGCGCGUAUCAGAAGCUCGCCGAGUUUGGCGAGUCCGAAAUUUCUCCAGUACGCCAGGUGCAGGAUGUUUGUGAGACCUGUGUCAGGGAAACGUUCAUAGAAAGACUGUAUCAAUGCGAACAUCCUCGGCUGGUAGCGCAGUUCGAUGCAGUUUGUGACGAUACUCCUGAUCAACCAGGCUACUGGAUAUCCAAGAUUUGGCUCAAAGACUGGCGAUUGCAGAAGCCAAAAAUGCACACGCCGCUGCAAGGAGAUUCACCACCGGACGCUCCAGAGUAUCUUGGGCAUGUGGUAUGCGAACAUGGUCGGCUGUCGCUGGUGUCCACAGCACGGAAGAGCAUAUCUGUCAAGGCUGGUGAAGUUAUUAAAGGCUUGUUCCCUCAGUGGGUACCAUGCUCAACUCAGGAGCAGCCCUGCGCUGUUUGUGAGGCAACCAUAAAUAUGUCUAAGGAAGACAAGCGUGAGCUACGUAGGAAGGCUGAAGAUGAGAAGGCGCGGCUACGCCACAUGCAUGACAACGCCCUAACAGGAAACACUCUGCUCCUCGAGGAUGUCCCUUGUGCUAUCCUGCCUGCACAGUUCGUGCGUUUAUGGAGAAAGUGGAUUAGUCGACCAACAGAAGGACCACGCCCUGAAGUGGUUGAUAAUUCACAAUUCCUGUGUGAGCAUGGGCAACUUGUUUUCGAUCCUAAUUGUCCAAAUGAUUGGGACACAUCUAUUGCGGUCGUACAAAUGACAGAGUGGACACUGCUAGCAGAUUUGUAUCCUUGCAGGUCCCCCAUCACAUUGGAAAAGAGGCUUGUCGAAAAUCCACCAAACGUAUUUGACACCAAGUUCGAGCACGAUAUCCCCGUGUGUCAUGGCUGUCGUUCGGAGAGACGGUCUAACUAUGAAUUUGCCGAGAUCACUGUCCGGCUGUUCAGUGGGAAAAACACGUCCAAGGAUGUCACGACGCAAGAGAACAAAAGACAUAAAUCUGAGGAGAACGGUCAGCCUCAUCAGAUGACAUAUGGACCUCAUAGGACCUUUGGUACGCGGCAGUCAAAGCGUAUACGUGAAUCCAAGGAUGGCGUGGAGAAGAAACGGAUUACUGUCUCCAAAUCUACUACAGUGAAGGACAUCAAAGUGAUGCUACAUGAAGCGCUCAAGAUCCCAACAAUAUGUCAACGAUUGUCCCGCUGUGGCCAGGAACUUGACGAUAAUUCGGUCACUGUUGCUACUCUUGGACUUCUCAUCAAUGAUGUCCUCGACCUGCGCGAAGAGACAGAAGAUGACGAAAAUAUAACGGCAGAUGAUGCCACACGUGCAAAGAAAAGGCGCAAGGAAGAGCGAGGUUUCGGAGGUACCCUAUUGGCUUCGUCGCAUCCGAACGUGGCUGCAGAUGCUACUAUGAGCUCUGAAGGGGAGCUGCAGUCUGACCACGAGUCUCCCCAGAUUUGUCAGUCUUGCACUCUGGAGAACCCUCCCAACAGUCAGCAGUGCGAGGUCUGUCAUGGCGAUUUAAAGCUAUGAGGAACGUGAUUUCUUGGUAUCGUAU